AUGCCCAAGGUCUUCCUGCAGGUGGAGCUGAAGAGCCAAGAGGCUCAGCAGCGAGACCAGUACCCGGGUCACCUGCAGCAGUACGCUUAUCAGCAGCAGGUGGCCACUUAUCAGCAGCUGACCUCUGAGAAGGAGGUGCUGCACAGGCAGUUACUGCUGCAAACCCAGCUCCUGGACCAGCUGCAGCAGCAGGCUCAGGGCAAAGCAGUGGCUAAGAUGGCCCAUCAAAAGUUGCAGGAGACCCAGGAGCACCUGGAAGCUACCAGCCAGCAGAAACAGCAGCAAGCACAGUUGAGCCUCAUGGUUCUCCCUGGGGAAGGUACAGGAGACACUCGGAGGAAGAGAAGAGAUGGAGGAGAACAUCUGGACAGUGAGGAGGAGGAGGCACCUCGGCCCAUGCAGAACAUCCCAGGGGACUGGGAGAGCCGGGAGGGCAGAACAGUCACCUCUUGCCUUCAAGUGGCAUUUUUCAACUUCGCUGGAGCCAAUGCCCAGGAAGAGCAAAGGGUGUGCUGCCAGCCCCUGGCUCACCCAGUGGCUUCAUCCCAGAGGACCCCAGGGACUGGGCGUGAGUCUGUGUGUGGGGAGACCCACCGAGCCCUGCAGGGGGCCAUGGAGAAGGUGCAGCUGAGAAACUACAUCAGCCAGGGGGCAGUGCCAAAAUGCGGCACUGGGAGAGGAGGACAUCAUCAGGCUGGCCCAGGACAAGGAGAUGCAACUAGGGUGUGCAACAUCUCUGUGGGGGUGGGAGUAGGGGUGGGGGUGAACUUGGGCACCAGCACCGGCAUGACAGCUAAGCACCCCUCCCUCCAGGUGAACCUGCUGGAGCUGCAGGGACAGGUGUUGCGGCUUGUGGGCGACCACAACGAGGGGCACGACAAAUUCCUGACCACUGCCCAGAGUCCUGGUGAUCAGCCCGCUCUAGGAGCCCCAAUCCCCCAGGAGCUUGGAAGAGAUGGAGGAGAACAUCUGGACAGUGAGGAGGAGGAGGCACCUCGGCCCAUGCAGAACAUCCCAGGGGACUGGGAGAGCCGGGAGGGCAGAACAGUCACCUCUUGCCUUCAAGUGGCAUUUUUCAACUUCGCUGGAGCCAAUGCCCAGGAAGAGCAAAGGGUGUGCUGCCAGCCCCUGGCUCACCCAGUGGCUUCAUCCCAGAGGACCCCAGGGACUGGGCGUGAGUCUGUGUGUGGGGAGACCCACCGAGCCCUGCAGGGGGCCAUGGAGAAGGUGCAGCUGAGAAACUACAUCAGCCAGGGGGCAGUGCCAAAAUGCGGCACUGGGAGAGGAGGACAUCAUCAGGCUGGCCCAGGACAAGGAGAUGCAACUAGGGUGUGCAACAUCUCUGUGGGGGUGGGAGUAGGGGUGGGGGUGAACUUGGGCACCAGCACCGGCAUGACAGCUAAGCACCCCUCCCUCCAGGUGAACCUGCUGGAGCUGCAGGGACAGGUGUUGCGGCUUGUGGGCGACCACAACGAGGGGCACGACAAAUUCCUGACCACUGCCCAGAGUCCUGGUGAUCAGCCCGCUCUAGGAGCCCCAAUCCCCCAGGAGCUUGGAUCUUCGUGGCUGAGCCUCACUGACAGCGUGGAGCCUGCACCAGGAGAGGCCAGGGAGGGUUCUCCCCACGACAACCCCACUGCACAGCAGAUCGUGCAGCUGCUUCCUCUGACGCAGGACUCUCCAGGAGCACCGAGGCUUUGUUGGGUCAAGGCGAGGAGAGGGCAGCCGGAAGCGCGCGCAUGCUCUGGACUCCUGCACCGGCGGAAACGGGUGCUCACGGGGAGCGCCCGAGUGAGGGGUGAGGAGUCAGGGGUGAAAGGAGCCGCGCCUCCGGUCGGUGGAGUGCGUUACAAGGGGAGCAGCUGCCCAGCGGCCUCCCCACAGCUCCCAGCAGAGGACUCGGUGUCCCUUGCGGUUUUCCUGCCGUGCUCCGACUAG